AUGUUCUAUAUAGGAAAUUCAUCAAUAAAAAAAGGAACUUUUAUUGGAGCAUUAUUAUCAAUUAUGAUCAUUGUAUCAACUGUAUCCUAUUUGAUCUAUUUAAGUUGGUAAUAUGGGACUAAUUAAAUUAACCCAAAAUUUAGAUCUUAGAGCUUUAUUACAGAUGAACAAAUAGAUGUUCCUCUCCAUUAGGAUCUAAUAGCUUUUAGAUAUGAGUAUGACACAAACAAAAAUUUAGAUGAUCUCUAAGCAAAAAAUAAUAAAACAUAUCUUUAAUUUAGUGCACUUUUCACUUAUUAAAACUAAACAUAAAGUAAUAUUACCCUUCUAAAUAUAACUUAAUGCCAAAAUCCAUCACUUAAAGGAUUUAGUUGCUUAGACUUUUAAAUCUUGUAGAAUAAAUAUCUGACUUUAAAAACCUAAUAGGACAUCUUAUCAACUGUUAUUAUACUUGUGUAUGGCUGUUACUAAGUAAAUGACUUUAAAUAAAGCACGGCUAAUAAUUGUGCUAGCUAAGAAGAUAUAAACUCUUUACUUAAUGGCGAUACAUCGGGUUUCCGUAUUAAGUUGUACACUUCUUAGUUUAAUAUAACGUCUCUUCAACCAUAGGUAAACUACAGAAAUGCAAUGAUUUUCACUUCUUCAGAUUAGUAAGUGGUAAGCACUUUUAAGACUUAAAUGCAAUAAACUUCAAUAAAUUAAGGUUUUAUUCUUUAAAAAGAAACAUAAUUCUCUGCUCCAAUAUAAUACGAUUAGUAGAAUUAACAAUUUAAUUUUAAUUAAAAUUUUGCCUACUUAGAAGUUAUUUUGCAACUUGAUGAAAUUUUGUAGUAAAUUUAAAUUUCAUUCCCUACUUUUCCUGAAGUUUUGGCAUUAGUUAGCAGUACAUUUGCUCUUUCAAUGACUUUCGGAGCUUUUGCAAAAUUUGUUUCGAGAAAAAUGAUUGAAAAAAACUUACUAUUCUUCUUUUUAUAAAAUAUGUUUUAAGACACAUAUGAACAAAUAUUGUCAGAAAAUAAAUUUUUCGAGAAAAAGUAAGAUAUGGAUUUAGAAACUAAAUAGAGUCAAACUGAAGCUCUAAAUGAAAUUGAAAAUAGCGAAAUCAGCUAAAGCAUCAUCGUCCCAUCUUUUAAAGCUAAAUCAAGAUAAUCUGUAGAAUAUAAUAACCUCACAUUUUCUACUGGUAAAGACGAAUUAGAUGAAAAUAGAAGAUUAAAUGAAUCAAAAUAAUUUAAAUUCUAAUUAAAAAUUGCAUCUCCUAUUUAGAAAACAGCAGCUAAUAGUAAAAACUGUAACUAUCAAUUCAAUUCAAUUAAAAAAUUAGGCUUAAAUUUAAAAAAUACAAAAUCUAAUCUGAUAAAUUAUAGCGUAGAUAAUGCAAAAAUACCAAUUUAUUCUACAGAACAUUAGAAAGAUAAAAGUUGCUGCAUUCCAGAAUCAAAUAUUAAGAAAAUUUAAUAGUACUAUAAAUAAAAGUUUAAAGCUAUUUAAAAUAAAAAUUUUUUAAAGAGUGUUUAAAGAGCAAUUUAUAUGGUUAAGUUCCCUAAUAUUUCUAAUAUAUGUAGAUUAUUCAAAAAGGUUAAAAACAAAAACACUGAAAACCAUUUCAACAAAAAACUAAUUGAAGGGUAGGUCAAUUAAUAAUUAGACAUUUUUUAAUUGUAUAAAGAUGUAAUUUUUUUGAAGAAAGCUAUCCUACUUAUACUAAGUAAAGAAUAGUUGGCAGCUAUAUAGUUAGUAGGCUGCUCUUCGUAGUAUUUAGAAAUAUAAAAUAAUUAAUAGGCAAUCGAUUAUGAAAAAACGAAAAUAUUAAAUUGGGUUGAAACUUAUAGAAAUUUUAACCUAAGGGAGGAAGAAUUUAUUAUUGAUGAUGAGGAUUAGGUAGAUUAAACUAUCAGCAUAAGAAUUUGCAAGUAGAAAUAAUCAAAAAGAAAGUGUGUUUUGAAAUUGUAUAACUCCUCUUUAUCAAUGCUUGAUUUUGUCUAUAAUGCUACUUUAGAUCUAAAAAGAAACAGAAAUUUUGAAGAAAAUAUUUAUAAAAAGAAAGCUUUUUUAUCUCAUUAUGGUGUAGGUAUUCUAAAUGGUCAUUUUAGUAUUUGCAUACAAAUUCCUAAUGGAGGAUCAAUACAAAAUUAUCUUAAACAUGAAUAAAAUUAUACUAAUUUAGCUUCAAUCUUGAUAGAUUACAUAGAUAUUUUUUUUUUGAUGAAGAGCCAAGGAAUCGAGUAUUAUAAUUUAAAAGUUAGUAAUAUGUUUGUACACGAUAACAAAGGAAUAUUAGGUGAAAUAUCUGUAUUUUCAGAGGAAUAAAAAGCAUAACAGAAAAAUCCUGAUACAAUUGAUCUAUUUUCAUGCAUUAUUUAAAUUCUGCUAAAUUUUACAUCUAACUACAUAGAACAUAUAAAUUUACUUGACUCUGAUUUAGUUAGUCUAAUCAAUUAAAUUACUUCUGAAAAGGAUGCAACAUCUCUAAAUUAUCUCUAUGAAGAUUUUUAUUAAAAAUUGAGAACAUUAGAUCACCAAAAGUUGAUUGAAAUUAAAUAAGUUGUAUAAUAAGAAGAACGAAUUCAUUAAAUAAUGAAUAUUUUUGAAGCUAAUAAAUAAGAUUCACUUUAUUAACAAGAAAGUGAUAAAUACACUUAAAUAACUAAGAAAAAUUAUCUUUUGAUUGAAGAUGCUGUCAUUAUUGAUAGCUUUUUAUAAGAUGAAGAAACAGAAAAUGCUUUAAAUAAGUGCCUUUAAAUAACAGAAGAUACAGAAGAAAUACAAGAUUCAAAUAUAUAUUAUUUUUAUGGUUUAAGCUUAUAAUCAGAUUUAGAUUAACAAUAAAUGUAGAUAGAAUACUUGCUAAAAUGCUUGUUGUUAAAUUCACACCAUGGUGACUGCUUGAAUAAAUUAGCAAGUAUCUAUGAAGAAAUAAGCAUGUUUCAAGAGGCAGUAGAAUUUAUUGAACAAAGCUUAGAAUUAAAUCCAUAUGAUGAUUCAAAAUAUUUUAGACUUGGUACCAUUUUUCAAAAAUAAAAGCUUUACAGUAAUUCAAUCAAAGCAUAUAAAUCUUGCAUACAACUAAAUAAUAAAAAAUAUAUUUAUUUAUACUACUUAGCCACAGUUUAUAUGCUAAAUAAUAAUUUCAAAAAUGCUAUUUUCUACUUCAAAAAAUAUUUGAAGCAGUACCCUACCGACUCACACGCCAUUUACAACCUUUCUAAACUAUAUUUUUUUAAAAAAAAUAUGAAGAAAUCACUAUUCUACCUUUAUAAAAUGAGAAAGAUUGAUAAAUACCAAAAUGAGUGUUAGCAAUUGUAUGAAAAUAUUUUUAAUCAAAUUUCAAUAGAUAAAUAAUUUAAUAUCACAUGA